CAACCGAGAGGGCUGUAGCCACACAUCGUCUUGUGAUUCUCGGUAUCAGAACCUUGAGCGGGCCACGACAGCGUCUCACGGUGCGUCCACACUGUUGCUGUUGAUCCAGGAGGAGGACGUGAGUGAACAUCAAUGUCUUCCCCAGGUUAGCGCUUGCUCAUCGGCUUUGCCUGCUCUCGCUAUCGAGAUAAUGAGAGGAUGGCGGAACCUGGAGGCGGGCUGCAUGGACUGACGGAUGCGAGUCAGCUCAGUGAGCAUCAGCACCACAGCACGAUGACUUCCACGGGGGACGCGCGGCCGGAGGAUCUGUCGUUGGAGGAGAUUCUGAGGCUUUACAGCCAGCCCAUCAACGAGGAGCAGGCUUGGGCCGUGUGUUACCAGUGCUGCGCUACGCUGUUGAAGGAGCAUCGGAGGAGGAGAUGCUCCAAUGCUGCCCAGACACCCCCAUAUCCGACGAGAAUAUCAGGACCAAGCGAUGUUCGGAUUGCAAAGGACGGAUCUGUGAAGCUGCAUCACCAGUGCGGUGAAGGUAAAUACAACCUGUGCACGCAAACAGAGGUGAUUGAGUCUCUGGGUAUCAUGAUCUACAAGGCUCUGGACUAUGGGCUGAAGGAAAAUGAGGAGCGGGAACUCAGUCCUCCUCUGGAGCAGCUCAUUGACAUGAUGACCAACAUAGUCGAGAGCGAUGUCUGCCCUGAUGAAGGCUAUGAGGCAACUGAAGAAGAAGACGACGCGGAUGACGACCCUGACAACAUUUCGAAUCUUCAUGGCUACAAGGGUAUCCUUAAGUUUUGUACGGACCAUCUGCCCAGUCAGUCGGAUGCCCCCAGUCACUACCAGGCAGUAUGUCGUGCUCUGUACACAGAGACCAGGGAACUACGGACAUUCCUGGAGAAGAUCAAGAGUGCCAAAGAGAACCUUCGUAAGAUGGAAGAAGAGUCAACAGAUGAUCCCAGCAGAGACCUGGAUGAGUUACAAAACGCAGACUGGGCUCGAUUCUGGGUUCAGGUGAUGAGGGACCUGCGAGAAGGAGUCAAGCUUAAAAAGGUGCAGGAGCGCCAGUACAACCCUCUGCCCAUUGAAUACCAACUUACUCCCUACGAAAUGCUUAUGGACGAUAUCAGGUCCAAACGCUACAAACUGCGCAAAGUCAUGGUGAAUGGAGACAUACCACCCAGGCUUAAAAAGAGUGCCCAUGAAGUCAUACUGGAAUUCAUUAGGUCCAGACCCCCCCUUAAUCCUGUGUCUGCACGUAAACUCAAGCCACCAACACAGCCUCCCCCCACGCUUCAUGAAAGGAUACUCGAGGAAAUUAAAGCUGAGAGGAAACUUCGACCCGUAUCUCCAGAUCAGAUCCGCAGGGGGCGACUGGGUUUUGGCAAAACUCGCAGUAUGCCACAGGACUUGUUUCGUACGGGAUUAGAUGAAUUUAGUCCCUACAUGGGCAGGAGGGCAUCCAGCACUCUGUCUUUGAACAACGAGCCAUCAUCUCCCAAAGCGGCACCCUCCGGAUCUCAGUCUGUACCCCAGAGGAAGAAGCUUCUGAAGGCUCCCAGCCUUGCUGAGCUGGACAGCUCUGACUCCGACGAUGAUAUUACAGGGCACAAAUCAAUAAGUACCUCAAGUGUGGCGACAUCUCUAAUGGAUGAUACAUCUCCUGAAUCAGCACUGGGAAAGAAGACUCCACCGCUUUUCCUGCCCAUUUCGUCCACCCCGCAGCCAGAGAGACGCCAGACCCCCCAGAGGAGACACUCUAUUGAGAAGGAGACCCCAACCAAUGUCCGACUGUUUCAGCGGCCCUCUAAACAGAACUCUAAAUCUCUGGAGGAGUUUUGUUUCCCUGUGGAGUGUCUGUCUCUGACAGUGGAGGAGGUGAUGCACAUCAGACAGGUGCUGGUUAAGGCAGAGCUGGAGAAAUUUCAGCAGUAUAAAGAAAUCUACACUGCAAUGAAGAAGGGAAAGCUUUGCUUCUGUUGUCGAACCAAACGGUUUUCCCUUUUCACCUGGUCCUACAUCUGCCAGUUUUGCAAAAAGCCUGUGUGUUCACAGUGUUGCAAAAAGAUGAGACUGCCAUCCAAACCUUAUUCCAGCCUGCCCAUCUACUCCAUCGGCUCUACUAACACUCUACCCAGGGAGAGGAUAAGUGCCAUGGCUUCUGCAGGACAGGGAUUCCAUGUGGCUGGAGGUCCAGAGACUUCAGCUUUGGCUGAAGCAGCACCGGCUCCGACUUCCAAAGGACCUAGAAAGGCUUCUGGGGCUGCAGCGGUCAAACCUGAGAAGUCCUCCAGUGGCCACCGACGGCCAAGCAUUCACAAGACCAUGUCCAAGCUAUCUAAGCACGGCUCCUUAAAGUCUCAUGAAGCACUGGAGCUUCCACCAGAGCUGACAGAGGACUGGGCCACCAUGGAGGUGUGUGUCGACUGCAAGAAGUUCAUCUCUGACAUUAUCGCCUCCAGCAAGCACAGCCUGUCACUGGCCACCAAGAGAGCUCGUUUAAAACGCAAGACACAAUCCUUAUACAUGUCCUCGCCUAAAGGAAGGGAGGAGUACCGGCCCACUGAGCGAACAAUCAGUGAGAUCUAGACGGUCUUUAUAUGUCUCUCCAGCUGAUGUAUGUACUACAGCCAUAAGUAAUAAACCUCUGGAAUGGAUGGAGGCUCUGUUGCUGUGUUCACGCCGUCAUGUACAGCCCUGUCAGUCGACUGAUCUAUGAUCAUUUGGCCCUUUAAUUUCUGCUCAAGGACUUUAGGAAGGAGAAAGUACAAGAACCACAAUGUUUGUCUGUACUCCCUUCUCUGGUUGCACAACAGAGUGAUCCACCCCAGCUCGCACCGAAACUAAUAAGCACAAGACAGAAGAAAGACUGUCAGACUUCCUUCAGCUGUUGCAAUGUGAGGAUACACGAGGCCUGCGCAGUGGUCAUCGGGUAAAGAGUGACUGUCAUAUUGAAGCUAUACAUUUUGUAUCAGGUUUAAUUUACUUUUGUAUUUUGUUUUUACACUAAUCAUUUUGGAUGAAGUGUCACCCCUCCAUUAUUUAGAGCAGCUUCAACUGUUUAUUAACUAAAAUCUAUUUUUGGGCAAGUUUAGUGCCAUAAAAUGACAUACAGGGUGUCCACAAAGUCUCUUUACGAUGUCAAAUAUGUAUUACACAAGCAGUUGAUGAGAUAUGUGAAUCACAUUGGUUAUAUAUUUUCUGUGGUUAUCAAAGUUUUGCAUUUUUUCCUCCUCUAAUAUUAAUAUUUAUAUUAAUGUUUGUACUAAUCUUUAUUAAUAAUAGUCACUAGUUAUUAUUAUAAAUAAUAAUAAAUGUAUAAUAAUACAUGUAAUAAUUUCCACAGAUUUUUCAAUUCAAUUGCAUUUGUAAUAUAUUUGUAAUAUAAUUGUAAAGAGACUUUAUGGGCACUGUAUUUUCUUCUUCAUGUGACCCAAAAGAAGGUCUGAUAAAGUGAUCCGACAACCCUUUUGCUCCAAGGUUGUAAGUAUUCAUGAAUAACAAGCAAACAAACGAUCGUACAUCAUUGUGUGGUUUGCACGUUCAACAGUAAUCACAGGUGUGUUUAUAUGAACUUGCAUUGAUCGUGCCGUGACCUGUUUCCAAUUAAGGUUGUGUGUGAAGCAUAAGUUAAAAAAAAACAACAUAAAUCCCUUGUAUAAACCAAAAAUUGCAUAGGUGGUGUACAUUUAUGAUGCAAAUGUGCCCAAAUUGAGGAACUAUGUUAAAGAUGUGUUUGAAGUCAUGCUUUCUACUGUUCAUUUCUUUACUUAUACCACUAUGUGCACAUAUAGACACAUCAUUACCAUUGUCACCACUCUUAUUUUAAAAAGCUGCUGCUUGGCAAUUAUACAUGCGUUAACUGGUUGGUUGUUUUAGGCAGCAUCAGUGCAGUAAUCUUUGUACAUUACAUUUACUUUAGUUUUCACACCAUUAAUUAUUUGAAAGUGCAUUUUAAAUGGUAAAUGGUACAUUAGAUAAAAUGCCUAAUACUGUAUUACACAUUUUUUUGCACAGACGUUUAGUUAAAGCCAAACAGUGGAAAACAUACACUCAGCUCAACAAAUACAAUACAUCUUAAUAUACUGCCUUCCUUUGCUAUCCAGAAACUGAUUAACUAACUUGUGGAUUUUUUAUUUUAUUUUCUGCCUUAAAAGUUGUAUUAUAUUAGUGGUCUCACUAAUAUGCUGACAUGUCAUUUGCAGUUACUGUACAAGUUUUUGCUGAAUGAUGUGUUGGUUCACUUGGUUCUUGUGUUGCCUUGAUGGUGUCUGUAGGUUGGAGGAACGAAGGAGAAGUUCACAGGAGAAACAGCAUCAUGCAUGAACGGUUUUGCUUGUAUCUUCAGUGUGUAUUACCUUCAAACUCCAAUUCCCUGGCCAGAGUGCAACAAAUGAACAAAAAAUAAAUGCAAU